CAGUUUUUUUUUGUUUUUCACUUUCUUUGACAGGAAUUUUUACUUGCAAUAGAUGUUACUUCUAGCGGCACACCAGAAGAGAAAUUAAAGUGGGCGUUUAGGAUGUACGAUGUCGAUGGGAAUGGCGUUAUUGACAUUCAAGAAAUGACAAAAAUUGUUCAGGCAAUCUAUGACAUGCUAGGCGCAUGCUCAUCAAAUCGUCCCGCUGAUUCAGCUGAGGAGCGAGCAAAAAAUAUAUUUGCUAAGAUGGAUGAAAAUAACGAUGGUCAAUUAACCCAAGAUGAAUUUUUAAAGGGAUGUUUGCAAGAUGAAGAGUUGUCUAAAAUGCUGGCCCCUUAAAUAUUUAUAUCCUAUAAUAUGUGUGUAUUUGAUGAAAUCAGUAAUGAAAUGUAU